AGAACUGGUUCAAAGUUUGCAGUGUUUGAAAUGUGAAAUUGGCUUUUUUGGAGAGAGAUCGUCUUGUGCUGCCUGUGGGUGGGGCCAGGCAGAGUACAGAAUCGGGAGUUUCUACGACAAACGAUCCGCGCCUGGAAUGUGACUCCGAUUAGGGAUUGAUAUGCUUUGAACUUGGAAGAAUGCUGUCGCGGUGGCCACUGGAGGAGGUUUCUUUACUGAUCAGUGGGUAAAGCGCUGAGAGUGAAGAUUGCGGUUUUCGCGCCUUUUUUGGUCGUUUUGUAUUUCGAUGCCGGUGCACGUCGGAGAGCAGAUGCUCUCAGGAGGAUUUUCAGUCGAUGCGCUAGAGUACGAGUUGAGCACGUUCAAUUUGACGCAGCUGCUUCUGAGUUACUGUGUCAUCUCUGAGAUCAAGAGUGUCGGCGUUUCAGGGAAGGGUUUGAGCUCUUCAGGAACUCUGUGUUGUUUGAUGAUGGCAAUUUUGAAUGGCGAGGUGCCAUGAGCUCACGCUAGAGGAUGCACCAUGUUGGUGGUACCCGUUGCUUCUCUCUUCAAGGCUUCCACUGCGUUCUGCUCCUCCUCUGCUCCUGAGUCCCAUCCGGACCAUGGCUUCAAUGAGCAAAGUCUGCACGUGCGUUCCGACAUUGGAGAUAUACUCGGGAAGCGGAAAGAAUUCGAAAGAGAAUUUGUCCGGAGAGCCAAGAAAGUUAAGUCGGAAUUUCAAACCUUGCAGAAUACACGCCAGUGCUGCAGUUUGGUUGGUCGGUUGCAGCUGUGCAAUAAGAGAAGUCACUCAUGGGGCGGAUCCUCUGUUCCUGGUGACUGUUUGGCGUUCACGGACUCCACGGCAUCGAUAUGCUGUUCAAUUACCGGGGGCUUGGACGUUACAUUUGUUGGCAGACUUAUUAGAGUAAAUUCGUGGAGUUUUAUCCCUCUCAAUGGUUCUCGCGCACCUAUCAAGCCCAAUUCACGUCGGUUUGCUGCGAGAACUUCACCGAAGACCUCAAAUUCCAGUUUAUCCAAUCCAAAUGACAGGUCGAAAUCCUGUAUUGGCAAGUCCGAAGACCGUAAAUCAGAGACGGUUAGUGGAGGAGCACCCGAAGACGGAACCGAUGCAUGCUGUGCGCCGAAUAAUGCAAUUGAUGUUUUGGGAUAUCUUGAGAUCCACCGUCUGCAAUUGAUGAACGAACAGGAUACCAAAGUGAUAACAUUUCCAUCUCUCUGUGUGGAUCCGGUCACAGCAGACAUGCGUAAUGCGUUGUUCGAGAGCCCAUUAAUUAGAAAAGAAGAGAAACGCAGUCGAAUUACGAUAUGCGGCAAACUUCUGACAAUAAGCCCUCAAUUUUCCCUUCCAUGUAAUCUGACAGACGAUCGUGGGGAAUCUAAGACUAUAACUAAAGUCGCAGGUUCUUCCAAGGAUUUCAUGGACAACUCUAAGGAAUUAUCCGUCACGGGUUUCUUGGUGGAGCUUCAGUACUGUCACUCUUGCAGCUGCCAGUAUAUCGAUGCCUGGAACCAGGGUGUGAAGACAAAAAGUCGAAGAUCGAGACAGCUUUUCGAAGGCGGUCACCUCAGUCCGAGACAGGGACAGGGUGGAAAUCACGAAGAUAGAAAGUUCGAUAGAAAUACUCACUUGUAUUUUCCAGGUCCUCUAAGUGCAUGGCGACCCAUUCUUUCGGGGAGCCUAGAACGUUGUUUGACGAUCACAGGUCUCCGCAGAAAGCUUGUCCUCACUAGCGUUAAGAAAAAGGAUCUGUGUUUAUUUGUCGCAACUAGAACAAGUUUGGUCUCUCCUGUGCCUGGCAUUCAUCCUUGUACUGGAAAAGCACACUGUACAUUGGAAAACAGAGAUUCUGAAUCGAAGAAAGGAGCUCCUGCCAUGCAACACGCGGAUUGUGCACCAGAUUGCGAACUUGUAUCAGCAAAAUCCAGCUCUAUGUAUCCCAGAGUGAUCUCAUACGCAGGAUUUGUGACCAGUUUACUUUUUCAAGGUACUCUGGUGGAACUUGACGACCGUGUGUGGUUAAUCCGUAGUCAUCAGGCAGUGACUCAAUUGCAUGGACUGCGAGUUGGGGCAAUGCUGGCCCUUCGAGACGUUCAUGCUACAACCAUCGAAAACUCUUCAGAAAAGGCGUUGUUGUUGGGCGCGUGUGUGCGAUCGCAUGUUUCAGUCCUACUGUUUUCCCCGUUACAUACUCCGGCUACGGAUCAACUCCAUUCGCGGAACCUUCUAUUCAAGUACAUGCAAAAAGUAACAUUUGCUUCUGCAUUUUGGAUCCUUUCCGUCAUCGGAAGCUUUAGAAAAAAGUUUCGUGGUAUAUAUACCGACAAAGAACUCAUGGGAUCGAAGAAGGAUCCCGGGAUCAUUCUGAGCUACGUUCAAAGGUGUUUGGCUCCAGAUGAUUCUCUGGAGCGAGCAGAUUACUUCAUGGAGUUUUUCGAUCACCAACACAUGUCCUGUUCUGGGGGAACAUUGGCCUCCGUCUCGCUUAGUAAGGUUCCCCCUUUCUCCAAUUUCUGUCUGGACAUCGAGGCUUCCAUUCGAGAUAUAAGGUCAAAUAAGUGGCUCAUUCGAACGGAUGACUGUUCAGAUUACCAAAGGUGGCUUGAAAAGGAGCGCCUCUUAUCAUCAUCAGAGGUCUUUUAUAAAAAAUGGCAAUCUGCUCACAUCAUUAGUAGUCAAGAAUUGGGUGUAACAUUGUUAGGAUCUUUGCAGGUUUGUAAAAAGUCAGGACAACUGCAGUUGUGGGAUGCCACAGGAUUUGUCUAUGUGAUGGUUCCGGAUUUGUUGUCAAGCAGGCACAUUUCAAAGACUUACCAGGUAUCAAGCUUUACUUUAAUUGUGAAAGAGUCGACGGAGGAUUCUAGCUUCAGCGAUUCUAGUCGUGAAAGAAACACAUACUCUUCUGUCUCAUGGUCUAGUCUUCUGAAGGAUACCAAAGCCACGUCUAUGUCUUCAGAGGCUUCUGUGUUUCUGAUCCAUUUCUUCUUGAGGGAUGCAACUCUUGUUGAUAACUUGAGUCGGUACGAGGGCUUUGAAAGGUUCUCACAGGGCUGCAAACGAAAUUCCUCAGGUCAAGCCUUUAUGAAAGACUCCUGGGACUUGGUCGGACUUGAAUUGAAGUACAUAAUAACAUGGCUCCAACAGAAAACAUCCGAAUUAGGGAGUCCUGAAAGGGAUGUGAAAUUUGUUUGUUCUUCUCUCGACAGUUCAAAUUCUACGAAUGAGUUGUUCAGAGUCUCCUGCAAGGUAGUGGCCAUUAAUUUCCUCGUAUUUGAAAGUCAAUGCACUGUGCCUUACAAGAACAGGCAAUCAUCGGAGUCAUGUUCAUUUGCUGACCUCGGAGUUCAUGAGGACUGGUUGUUUUCACUGGGCAUUCCAUUAACUAUGGCGAGCGUCGUUAUUGAUGAUGGUUAUGGACUGGCUCAUUGUUGGGCUCAUGGUGAUGCUGCUGUAACUCUCCUUGGGCUUGUAAAAUCAAGUUGUAAAUCAGAGUUGCCUCCAAAUUUAGUGACAAAACUUAGCGAGAAAUUCGAGACGGCCGACGUCCAGCUUUCUAUGGAGCAAUAUUUGUGUUUGCUGAUCAGGAGACAUGGAAAAGUUGUCAUUCGAAGCGAGAGAGCGUGUGGGGCAUCAGUGGACACUUCAUACUCGUUACAAUGGUGUGGAGGAAAUUCACCUGACUGUGUUGAACAAGCAUUUAUGCAAGCCGUAGUUGCAAGAGCUUGCCAUAAUCAUCCCUGGGUUGUGACAUUGGGAAGCAUCCCACCCACGGUGAAAGAUGCCUCUGAAAGCAGCAGGAGCCCACUGGAUCGUUGUCGAACUCUAGCAUACCGUACAGGUCUCCAUCGCUCCCCUGUGCAGGAUGACGAGUACCCUCAGCUGUUUGCGCUGAAGGUCGAACCGGCGGUCUCUCUGUCAGACGUUAGAACAGUUAGUGAUGAAAUCGCGAGUCUGUUAGACAACUGACUGUAGUGUGGUGUCAUGUGCGGGGUCGUAGACCUUGUGCAACUCCCGAGAAAACACUAGCCCACCUUGGGUCAGGAGAAUAUCUAAAAGGCAUCGGGACAAGAGUUCACAUCCAUUCUGAACGAGUCCGUAAGAAUAAAGCCUGGAUUCAUGAUCGGCCUAAUUGUGAACCAGU